UCCCCGGGAGCUGCAUGCUGGACUGCACGCGUGUUCCCGUCACUGCUGUGUGCACCAGAAGAAGGAAAACCCGCCGCUGUGGACCUGCAGGAAACGAGGGUGGAUGCUGUGGCCGCGAGCUGCAAGCACCUGAGCAGAAUCCACCUCUGGGGCUUCCGGAUGGCUGCAGGGCAAGGCUUCUGAGUGUCUUUUGGGACAGGGUCCUGGUAGAAGCAGUUGCCCCCUGCGUCCCAUCCUCCAAGUGCCUCCAAGGCCCCCCGCCACACACACACACACACACAAAGCUGGAGGAUGCAGAAGCUGUCACCCAGGCUGUAACAGCAGUGCCCACUGCCCAGCACAGGGCGAGGCGGGAGCCUAGGGGAAAACUGUCCACAGCCGAGAUGCCGGGGCCAAGGCACACGGGACGCAUGGCCUCAACUCCACGUGGGUCAGGGUGCGUCUGCUCCACCACCCCCUCACUGCGCACGCACAUGACAAUAAACCACGCGAUGCACCUCACCGUGUCCCGCGCUGCACAGGGCAGCAUCUUUCCACAGUGCAGGUCUAUUGAGGGCGUGGCAUGGGCCCCUCCCCUAGGAGCCAGGGAGGCCAAGUGGGGAGCCACGCCCUCCGCCCCUGCGCAAGCAGACGAAGACUCAGGGAACCAAGGGGUGCCGGGUUGGCUCCUGCUCAUCCUUAAAGGUGGCCCUGCGGCCCUGCGCGCGCACAGCUUCUGUGGCAAGGAAGAGCACUGCAUGACUCUGGCUGCAGUGGUCAUCUUCAGGGAGCAGCUCGUGGUCACAUCCACUCACCCUCAGGAUCCCGGAGCAGCGGCCAGGCCAGGCGUGUCCUCUUCGGGGGAGGUGGGAAAUACGGGCAUGGCACCCUGCUGCAGGGGGGACCGUGCUCCUUCCAGAAAGAUGGAGCUGGAAUGAUGCUACCCAGGUCUGAGCUUCGCUUCACUGGCAUUACAUGUCCCGGAAUUUACCUCAGCAGGAAGAGUUAAGUCAGGUACCAAGGCUCUAAGGUAAUAAAUCAAGAAACAGAGAUGUGAU